CCGCCCCCACGAUCCACGCUCGCGGCUAGCCGCACAGGCUCCGCUCUAGGAAGGAGGCUCGGUUGCCAAGGAAACUGGAAGACGCCAGGCAGCCGCCCCCACCGUCUCCGCCCCGAGAAAGGCCGGCGGCGGCGGCGGACAGCUGCCUCCGGGAGGAGAAGGAAGAGGGGCCGCAAGAAGGAGGGAAGACGUGAGGAGUGGGGGAGGACGAGGAGCCCAGGACCGGCCCCACGCACAAUUGAUGGGCGGCUCUUCUGCUGUGGGCCUGCCCACCCGCUCUGCCCCGCCACCCCUUUAGUCCCUGGCAAGGGGCAAAAGUGCUGAUCCCCAAGGAGCAGCAGGGGUCCGCCUUAACCCCACCACUUUCUGAAAAGGGGGGAGCAGGCGUCAUUCGAUGCAGGUCGGGAACUAAGAACCAUGUUGCAUGAAGCAAGGGACAGGCAGAAGUUCGUCAGUGAUGUUCAGUAUCUGCGGGACAUGCAGCAUAAGGUGGACUCAGAAUAUCAGGCUUGUUUGAAACGACAGGAAUUCAAAAAAGACUCAAAUGAGAAGAAACAGGAUCAGCUAUGGGGGAAAGACACAAGUGACAGAUCCCGGACUUCAAGUGGGUCAUCAUCCAAACAGAGUUCCAGUGAGGAGGAUUCCUUAAGUGAACCACGGUCAUCUACCAAACUACCUACAGCUAAGUGUGAGCCCAAACUUCCAGCCAUUGGCCAAACAUCAGUCAAGCAGAAACACAAAAGUACCAUGACCCCAAAGAAGCCAGAGAAAGUGAGCACCAGCAAACCCUCCCCAGCGGCACAGGCACCAAAGAUUUUAUCAAGGAAGAGGAGGCCAAACCUGGGGAGAUUGACGGUGAGCCCGGAAAUGCACAGCCCAAGAGCAUCUGGAGAGAGAAGCAGACAGAAACCACAGCUGUCUGCAAAGGCACUCCUGGGAGCAGAUCCAAUUGUCCAACCAGAAAGCCCGAUGUGUGCAAAUGAGACUAAGCUGAAGAGGCCAACUCUAGAGAGAAGAAACUUAGCCUCAUCCUCAGAGCUCUCGAGAACAGGUGGGAAGCCCCUUGAGAGACAGAAAAAAGGAGACCCAAGUGUUCGUUCCCAGAACGAGCCCCACGCUGCCUUCUCACAGACCUUCCAGCCAAUGAACGGUUCUCAAGUGCUGAGUGAGACCCUGGGGCCUCCACUCCUACCCACCCCUGUGGUAGGGCCAAGAAGGGCACCAUUUAGGUUCCACGAUGAAGAUUUUUACUCUGCAUUAUCGUUAAACAGUGAACAAGAAAACUAUGACACGGAAGAGGAAACCCGCAUGGAAGAGGAACUUCUAUUGGUUAGGAUGCGUUCUCCUCCCAGCCAUAAGAGAAGCCGAUUUCUUGGGACAUCGGCCACUCAAAAUAGAAAUGUUGAGGAAAAUGCUGAAAAUCUCAGAGGAAAUUCUGUAAGAUGGAGCAAGGCCAACCCUGGAUCUCCAGGAAAAAGCGGCACCACAGAGCCAGUGUCAAAGCAGCCUUCUGCUGAGCAAAGGGUAAUUCAGGACAGCAGGCUGCGUGGGGAGUUGGCUACAGAGAACUCCAGUGGAGACCAAGGAGAUGAGAAGACUGCUCUUUCAGGGGAUGCCACAUCCAAUGAUGUCAUCCGAGACAGUGCUGAAGAUGGAUCCAGUGACUGUCCUAUGGAAGCCAGGCCUGAGGCUCACCAUCAUGAGAGAGACUGGCAAAGUUACUUACAUGGCUCCAGGAAUUCAUUCAACUGCUUACUUUCAGGGAGACCUAUAGCUCCAAGAUCAUCUAUGAAUAUGUCUUAUAACACUCAUGGGCCACUGCUGCAUUCUGCUCUGAUAGAUGACAUCCCAGCAAACUUGUCCAUGUCAUCUAUUCUAGUCCCCAGUUCAGACAUAGAGGAAAACCUAAGGUUCAAUGUACGCCGGCCACUCUCACCGAUCAGAAAUAGGAAUCCGGUGGCUACUGCUGAAAACCACACUGAUGACAUCCGGGGAGAGGAGAUGACGGCUUCAACAAGCCAAGCUCAGGGAUCUCCACUAUUGGCAGAAGAUCUUUCAAAUCCUCAAAGCAGUGAGACCUUGGGGAAUUCUCCCAGCUCUUCUACAAGACAACACUUGCAAGGCCAUUUCUACAUGCCUGGGUCCCUGCCAGAAAGCAUACCUUUUACUUUCUUUGCAGUGUCUGAUUUUCCAAAUCAAAAUGAUCAUGAGGACAGCAUUAGAAUCCAUGGUGUCAAUGAUGAAAAGGGGGCCACAGAAAUAAAGGCAGACCCCGAGAAACUGAGGAAAUUGCAAGAAAGUCUCCUGGAGGAGGACUCGGAGGAGGAGGGAGACUUGUGUCGCAUCUGUCAGAUAGCCGGGGGUUCCCCAACCAACCCCCUCCUGGAGCCUUGUGGCUGUGUGGGAAGCCUGCAGUUCGUUCACCAAGAGUGCCUGAAAAAGUGGCUGAAAGUGAAAAUAACAUCAGGAGCAGAUCUGGGUACUGUGAAGACCUGUGAGAUGUGUAAACAAAGCCUUCUGGUCGACCUAGAUGACUUCAACAUGACUGAAUUCUACCACAAGCACCAGCAAUUCCGGCAGGCGCAGAGUGAGCUGAUGAACUCCGGCUUGUAUCUGGUGUUGCUGCUUUACCUAUAUGAACAGAGGUUUGCAGAACUCAUGACACUCAACUACAGGCGGGCUUCCAGAGAGAGGGUUCCGAGUCGGGAGAUGGUAAUGAAAGCAGUGUUUACCCAGGCGGGGUCAUCUAGCGAGGUGGAGGAGUGCAGCAGAGACCGCUCCACCCGGAUGCCCUCUCUCCGCCCCCCGUGCGUCCCUUCUUCCCUCCUCUUUACUGAAACUGAAGCCAAUGUGUUCACAGUUGCCAUUCUCACCUGCGCCACUCCGUUCAGGGGUCUGGCUUGAGCAUCCACGGGCAGCCACAGGGACCAACCUCAUCCCAGCCAACCCAGGCAAAACAGCCGAGUCCCACGUGGGCUUUCCUGCUGCAGCUCCUCAGCCCAGUAGCCCAAGUGGACCCAGCAACCCUGGCAGCCCAGCAGCCUGGGCUCCCACUGCUGAGGGCCUCUCCUCUGUUCAGGCCUCAGCCCACCCUGAGUGGAGUGGAGCCUUGCAUUCAGUAAACUGACUUUAUUCUCCCA